AUGGUUAUGCGACCUGGACUGGUGGAUUCGGCGCUGACCGAGCCCCAAGCUCGCGCCAUCCUUCACACGAUCCGCUUCCCCGGCUUCGAGGAUGAGCAGUCGGCUUCAAGUGCAUCUUUGCCGGCAGCGACACUGUCGACGCUCACGCGGCUGCAGAUCCACUUUCUGCUGAGCUUUCCCUUCGAGGCGCUUGCCAUGAACUACGAGCCGGGCGCUUCGAUGGCCGCUACGCUCGAACACACCUACUCGCGCUUCAUCGAGCAGCGUCAUGGGGGAGGCUACUGCUUGCAGGUCAAUCUGCUGUAUCGUGAGCUGCUGGCGUUUUUGCGCUUCCGCUUCAUCGGCGUGCUCGGACGCGUCUAUUCGCCCAUCAGCGGGACUUGGACAGGGCUUACACACACCGCCUCGCUCGUCUACCUGCCCUCCCAUCUCGAGGAGGGUAAGUACGUGUACUACAUGUCUGACGUUGGAUUUGGCAGCAGCCCACACCGACCGAUUCUGCUGCGCGAUGGCUGGGAGGAGUUUGGGCGUGGCAGCGACAAGUUCCGCCUGGUCAAGCUGAAAAUCCAGCCCAGAUCGUACCUCGAACCAGCCGACGACGAGACCGACGAUGAGGUGGCCGAGGUAGCACGCACCCAGGUCGUGUGGAAGCUGCAAAACCGCAAAGUCGGCAAGGACUGGGAAGACUGCUACUCGUUCUCAACCACGCAGUGCUUCACCCCCGACUACCUCGCCUCCAACUGUGCAACAUCGAGCAAGACUGCUGUUCCGUUUGCAAGCAUGAUCCUGGUGGUGCGGUACCUGCUCGAUCCCACACGGCUGGCCGAGUCGGCGCAGUGGAUCGCGCGCGACGGCUUGGAUCCGGACCUGUACGCCUACCAUCCCGACUGCAUCGAACAGCGCAUGGUCGUGGGCGACAAACACAUCGUCAAGCUCGGCGACCAACAGACUGUGUUUCGCACCAUCGAAUCCGAGCAGCAGCGCAUCGAGCUGCUCAAGAGCGAUUUCGGCUUGCUGCCUCACGUCGAUACCACAGCAGCGCUGCACGAGAUUCGCGGCAAACCUUCGGCUCUCAAUCCGCUGCCGAACGGCGAGGCCCACUCAUCGUAG